UGAAACAACAACAAUACUAGUACAUAGAAUGAGCUUCCGUGAUAUUUUCUCUGUGUUGUGUUUUAAUGAUAAUCUUGAUGCAGCAAGCUGAAAAUAUAUCUAUUUUGGUACAAGUAGGUGUGUCUAUGAUUUGAUGCUGGUAUAUUGGCAUCAUGAGUUUCUUGUCAAGGCUGUUAAAGGGGCGUCAUGAAUCCAAACCUAAAGUAGACCAACAUGGUAUUUAUACUAGUUGUCAAAUGAGCACAGUUGUCAUGGAAGGGAAGUUGUCUAUCCAUGAACCUUGGCGGAAACAUCGCAAGAAACCAAAGAGUGUUGUUGCUUAUUUAUACACUAAUGAUUCAUCACCAUUUUUGGUGUGGUAUGCCAAUAAAGCAAAGAAACAGGCACGUGGAUGUAUUCAUACUGAUUGUUGUCAGAUUGAUCCCAUGGAUGAAUAUAGCUUCAAUAUUAUUACUAAAAAUAACCAAGAACUUGUGUAUAAAUUCCACGCCGAUUGCUGGGAGAUUCGUGAGGAAUGGCUGUAUCAGAUCAGGGAUCAGUCACGAAAGAAACCUGUUAUGCCUCAAUUUCACACAAAUCUUGAGAAUUGCUCAGAUUCACCACCACAACCACCACCACCAGAAAGACAUCAUUCUAGGCGACACCGAUAUGGACAUCGACGUACUUUGAGUGCUGAUGCACCAUCACCCAAACUAGCAGAAUGCUCUGUGCUGUUACAGCGAAGUCGCAGUCAACCCCAUUUACAGAAUAAAGCCAGAAUGGCUAAACGAAGACCUCAACUUGCACAUAAUACUCCUACUACUUCAGUUCAAAGAACAAUGCAAGUCAAUGCAUUUAUUAGAUCUCCAGAGCUAUAAAGAAACAGGUUUUUUAUUUAUUUUUUUAAAAUUGAAAUGAUAUACAGAAAAGAGUAAUAACCUGAAACCUAUUACAGUACAAACCUGUUUGCCCAUGAUUGGGAAAAAUUCCUGCUAUUAAGUAGCCAGUUUUUAACUUAAUUGAUACGUCUCUUGAUUUCUGAAUGAAGUGGUACAAAUGACAUGUCAAGUUUAGCUGUUUGCUUUUUCACCUCCAUUAUAAUCUCUUUUCAUCUGACACAAAUUAAUGUAGAUCUGCACACUUAAUUUUUCUCUCCGUCUAAAAUGUUGACACUAAUCUAAAAGUGUGGUUCAAAACUGACAAACCCUUCAACUCAAAUUUGUUAAUUAAAAUAAUUCUGUGUGAUUGACAUUUCCAUCAAAAUUUUUUGCAAUUGGUGCGAGUGAAAAUAACAAAAAGCAUAAAAACAAACUAUUUUUGUGUCUAACUCAUUGUGUAUUUUGACAAUAAUACAAAUGAUUUGUGAGAUUUAAGUAAUCCUACUAUCCCAAAGGUGUUAUCAUGAACUAUUGA